CCGGAGAAAAAUCAAUAAAUCACUUGGAGCAAUCUCACGGACUCAGCAACAACAAAAUACCUGAUAUUCUGAAAAUCUAGGAAAUAGAAGCUAACACACGAUGGAUAUUACGGAAUUGAAGGCCUUGUUGCGAUCGCUGGUGGAGAUGGAGUUGAGGCAGACGCAGCACGACGCGAGGUCACUGCUGCGCUGCUACCACGCCAUGACGGGCAAGCGGCUGCCGCUCGCCAAACAUGGAUACAACGACCCCGUCUUGUUCCUGAGAGAAAUGUUCAGUGAUUGCUUUGAGUUUCACGGGCCAGAGGAUAAUCCAGUAAUAACAUUGAAAUUAACAACAAAUGUAAGAUUCAAAGAGCAAAGACGUAGUAUACCAGAUCACCACCAAUCAGUAAGUGACAGUGCAGAAGAAAAUGCUUCAAUGGACAGAGCAGAAUUAGAAGAAUUAAAGACAAAUAUAAGAAAUCUUGUGGAUGAACUACACCCUGAAGGUGUCUGGUGCUCUGAUUUGAUGGUAUUAUACAGACAACGGUACGGGCAAGAGCUGGACUUCAAACGCUUCGGAUACCCGGACAUCGAGGCCCUGGCGUUAGAGCUUGACUGGCAUCAUGAAUUUCGCGAGAAACGCUGGCGGCUGAAAGUGCGACGCUUACUCAGCGUGGAGUGCGCCAGGCCUCCGACCCCCCCAUUCGACCCCGACGACGCGCUGCCCGGUAUCCCCUAUGUAAGUCCAACAGUUGCUGUAUCGACAAUCAAUUUUUAA